UCGGUAUUCAAAUGCCUUCAAAGUGGAUUAGCUGGUGGUGAACACUUUGAGUAAGAGAUGUGCCAAGUAUGGGCGUUCGUUGGGGACUGCUUCCUGAGAUAUUGCCACCCAUACAUUUGUAUCGUAUCGUCAAACAAAAGAAGGCAUAGAUUCGCAUAUAUGCCUACAACAGAACAUAAUGAGGACAUUCUGGCGGGCCAGGCUGUAGAGCUGAUCUAUAUCGUCAUGUAUAUCGACUCUGAGCCUGAUUGGAUGGUGGUUCUUCCAAAGCAAUUCACCACGUUUUGUUCUUUUGCUUCAAUUCUGGUUCUUCGUUACCCCGGAGACUGUGAAGGCAUAAGCAUGCCUCCACAGUACACGAAGGAUAUCAUGCUGGGGCCAAUCACAGCCAAAUACUUUCGAGUAAUUAGUACGAUUCUUUCGUUUACUGGUGGUACCGAGGUGGAGCUUACUCAAUGGCCAUCAACAGGCGAUUAUUCCAUGGAGCUGAUGGUGUGAUGCCUCGAGACGAUGGACAAGGGAGGUUUACAGAGAUUUAUACGCCAGUUCCAGACUUGGCUACAGCUCGUCAUCUCGAAUCGCUUAGAUGAGUUCCCAGCAAAGGGACCAAGCACUAAGGAUCAACUUGUGUUGGUGUUAUAUAUUGAUGUUAUAUAUUGGUGUUAUAUCUUGAUGUUAUACACCUCGAUGUGCAUAUAUACAGACCGUGGCCUCAUCUUCUCGUUGUUCUGUUGGCCUUAAUAUCAAGGAAUGGACUGCUGGAGUAGGAGUCCUGUGUGUCCAGCACCGUGGCUCUCUUGAAGAUCGAGAGUGGUUGAACCUCGAUGAUGGCAUUCUGGGUGACGCUGUU